AACCGUCUCUGGUCUGUCGCUGCCGGGGGUGUGAAUAUCGGUGUAUGAUAGGAUCAGAGCGUAUAUAACGAGCCUACCAUGCCCCAACAGCGCAGGGGUAGAUUGAGCGGUCUACAGAGGGGACAAUUACUACUGCUACUACUGCUACUACUGCUACAGCAAUGACGGUCUCCAUCCUCCCGCGCACGACGCUGCGUACAGUUCAGAUCGCGGUCAGCACGGUGCUGCUGGCGCUCUCGAUAGCAGCCCUGGUGUUGCUCGUCAGGGCUCGCGACGGCGCGGACGGGUAUCGAUAUAACGAGCUCUAUGAUCUCAGCGGGUGGCUGUUUGUCGGGCCCAUCGCAGGGCAAUUCAUCCUCGUUGGCCCCGCGCUUGGACUGAAAGUCCUGCUGUUUGAUUUCAUCCUCGUGCCGUACUUUGAGCAAAGAGAUUUCCGCGUCCUGCAACUCAGUGUCUUUCUCGACAUCGUCAUCCCCGGAUUCUGGCUCGUAACCGCCUCCGUGAUCGGCAGCGCCUGCUACGGCAACCACAAGUGCCCUCGCUCACCCGCCGAGUUUGAGCGGUACCUCCGCAGCAGCAGCAGCGGCAGCAGCGAGUCGUCUAUGUCAGCGGCUGCGAUGUUUGCGAAGCAGCCGCGGUUGGCGGAGGUGGGGUAUGAUUUGCAGACCGUGUUUCCGCUCGCGGUCACGGCUGCUGCGGUCGCGGUGGUGGCGGUGGUUGUGAACGUGGUCUACGUGCGCCGGGUGUCGUCGCCUGCGAGCAAGACCUUCGACGACGGCGAGAGCGAGAGCGACGAGGACUACGAAGAGAAGGAGGAGGAGGAGGAGGAGGAGAAAGAGUAAUGAAUGAAAUGAUUA